AUGACGCUGUCGCUGUCGCUGGAGGGCAAGAACGCCAUAGUGACCGGUGGCUCAAGGGGAAUCGGCUCCGAAAUUGCGCAAGAGCUUGCCCGCAGAGGAGCAUCAGUGUUGAUAACGUACGUUUCCUCCAAGGCAGGCGCUGAUAAAACUUUGGCCGCCGUUUCCAGCGUCGCCGCAAGAGGUGCAAAGGCGGUGGCAGUCCAGGCCGACUGCGCAAAGGCGACCGAAGCGGCGGAAAGGAUAGUGUCAGAGGCCAACAAGGUCUUUGGACGAGCCAUUGAUAUCGUCGUGAACAACGCUGCUUAUGGCUUUGAUGCAUCGCUGGCUGAAGUGACCGAGGAGAACUUCGACCAGGUGUUCCAUACAAAUGUACUAUUUCCGAUGAUGUUGGUUCGGCAGUGUCGCCCAAGCUUGCGGAAAGGCGCUCGCAUUGUCAACAUCAGUUCGACCGCUGCCCGCGCAGCGUAUACUUCCGCUAUCACCUAUGCCGCCUCCAAAGCCGCACUUGAGAGCAUCACCAAGACUUUGGCUUUCGAGUUAGGUCGAGAGCUCCAGGCUACCGUGAAUGCAGUCAAUCCCGGUCCAAUCAGAACAGAUAUGUGGAAUAAUACUCCAGGCGCGGAGGAGGCGGAAAGAUUAAUCCAUCCCAGGACCGCAGCUGGGGACCGGAUUGGAGAAGUGAGCGAUGUCGCGCCCAUAGUGGCAUUUUUAUGUGAGGAACAGUCAAGGUGGGUGACAGGAAGCGUCACCUGCGCCAACGGCGGCUAUGUCUUUGUAUGA